AUGGGUAACCAUCUUCGACUGCUUCGAGCUCUGCUCUUGGCAGGUCCUGCGCUGGCAGCCUAUGACCCUGCUCCGGCCUCUGAAGAAAAACAAUCAGCCUCGUUCGCUACUGUUGCUCCUACAAUCCCUCAUGGCCAUGAUGCCGCCGAUAUCAAUCACCUCAAGCCGGCCGAAAGUUGUGCCUUGCACUUUGUCGGCUAUGACGGGGAGGGCUCUGCCGAAGUACAGCAUUAUGCUACCAUGCACGCAACAUUCGCUCACCCCGCCGUGGUCCUUCAUCAUUCCUCACUUGUGAGCGAAGUUGCUUGCGCUGAGGAUGGGCUUUCCCUCGAGAUGAAGUCUGAGGCUGCUUUGAAGUACUGCCAGGAGCACUGGGACCCAAGCAGCAUGGUCUUCAUCUCCACAUCUUGCGGUGCUAAGAACGACGGCCACAAUGCUUAUUUCAAGGUUUCUGGAAUUACUUACGAUGAGUCAACCUUGACCGCCCACUGCAAAGCGACCGAGAUGGAAGUCCCCGAUGUCAUGACUGGUGGCAAGAUCAAAUGGAGCACUUACGGGAAAGAAAAGCACGGUAUUGCAAAGCGUGCAAUCUCCAGUUGUACAACGUCUACCACCUCUACGACUACCUCAAGCUCCACAACUCCGUGCACAACUCUCAUCACUACGACCACGACCUCAAGUUCUACGACUCCAUGCAAUAGUCCGACUACUACAGGCGGAGGCUCUGCUACUUCAUGUGGUGCUCCUCCAGCUGCAACUAUAUCUGGCUUGCCAGCUGCCGCUUGCGGUACCAAUUUUGACCGGGCUCUGGACAACUCGCUCGGAUACUUGGAAUUCAACGACGACUCCGAUUUCAGCGCCUUCGUUCAGCAAUUUGCGCCUGGUAUAGCCGACCGCAACGUUAAUGAUUACCAGCUCGAUGACGUCAAGGGUCUGAAUUUCAACAGCACGCUCAACACUACUAGAAGCGCGGCCAAGGAACGAGGUAUCAUGGACCGUCGCGCUGCCCGAAUCCAGAAGCGGUUCAGCGUACUCGGCUUCCUCCAGUCUGCUGCCAGUACGGUGCUCAACCUGUUUUCAAGCUCGGGAGAUACUAGCGUGCCAGACAAUGUUUCUACUGCUGUGCAAAACACCGGCGACUCAAUCGGUUCAGGGACUUUUGUCGCGUCAGGGACUCAAGAUCAAUUCAGCCCCUUCGUUGGGUUUGGGCGUGUCUUUGAGCUGGACGCGAACCAGGACCCUACUUUUCUGUCCGUCAACUACCAGCAGAACGGAGACCAGGGCCUCUUUUUGCUCUGUGAGGGCUGCAAGUUUGCAGGGGAGCUCCGAGUCUCGGGCGAGGUCGAUUUCAGUGUUUUAGAAAAUACCAUUACCGGUGGCAGACUAGAGUUGGAUGGCAGCUUGUCGGUUGGAGGCACUUUGAAUGCCCAAUACUUCGGUGGUUCUUUCGCCGUCUCUCCCACCCAGCAGGAACUUGCGACUACGAGCAUCCCCGUCUUCACCAUGCCUGGGGUUAUAGACGUUAGCUUCGAUUUGGAGAUUGAUGCCAUCGCUGGUAUAAGUGUCUCGGACCAGUCUAAUCGAGCUCAGUUCCGCACAACGAUAACUGCAGUAUCCCCGGGCUUUACUGCUCAAAUCGACCUGAGCAAUUCCAAUGUCGUUCAGAGCGGCUUUGAUCCUCUCCUGUCCACAGACUUCACCACUACGGGUGCGGUUUCUCUCGAUCAGGGCCAGUUUAGUCUUCCCAACCAGGUUUCGAUCAAUUUCAACUUGAUUCCACUUGGACCAAGUGGUCACCGACUCCUCAAUUUAACCAGUUUCCCUGCCGCUACUUUCGAUACGGCGGCGGCACUGGUCGGCGACUGUUUCACUGCCGGGGGUCUCAUUUUCGACUCAGCUGUCACCGAUAACAUCGUCCUUGAUACCUUUCAAAGCACGACAGUCCCUCUCGCCCAGGUCACUGGCCCGAGUAACACUGCUGUGUGCCUACGUCCCGGUGCAACGAUAUCUUCUCGCGCUAUAUCUGACAGCAAUGAUGCCUCCGGAGCCCUUCGAUCUUCACCGGCGAAUAUGCGACGACGCCAAGAAACUUGUAAUGAUACUGAUGACUCCCUGAAUGGUAGUGGUAGUCAGGCCUUCUUCUACUACACACCUCUCACCGACUUGACUGGUAACUGGGCUUUAUACAGCGAUGAUGAUGGAAGUCUUCGUGUGGUGCGAGGAAACGCAUCGGCUACUCCCGACGCAACCGCCAACAAUACUUUGGGAGAUGCUGGUGCUUAUUGGGGCUCAUAUGAUCAGAUUAUCACCAGUGACGGCUCUGCUCGUGUGCUUCACUACUAUCCCGACACCAUUGAUGCAUAUGGAGUGUCACGUCUCCGAAUAAGCCCCAUCGAUAAGAUGCCGAAAACUUCCGACUGCAUCAGCUUAGUGCCUGUUAACUACGACAACUCGCCUUCCACACCGGGGGUAUACGUGGCUGUUGAUACCGUAGGAAAACUGUUCUGGCCGAUUAUCUGCAAUAUCGCGGGCCAGCCUUCAAAGAUCUUUGUGGCGUCUGACCCCGUCACUGGGCCAGCCAAGCUCACUGACCCGGAUCUGCGCUACACCGUGACAGGUGGUGUUGUUCAAAACUGCACUUUCAUCCCAUUCGAGUCAAACCAGCCUGGUCUUCUGGGUUAA